GCUGGGGCGGUGACGCGAGCAACGGGGCCGCCAUUGGACGAGGACGCCUGAGGGACGGGCCAGGGUGGUGAACACGGAGACACCGCGGCGGGUGGCCCCGAGAGCGCGAGGGCCAUGGAGGCCAGCAUGCCGAAGCGGAAGGAGUCAGCCAAGUCCCUGCGCAUCAAAGUCAUCUCCAUGGGCAACGCCGAGGUGGGCAAAAGCUGUAUUAUAAAGCGAUACUGUGAGAAAAGAUUUGUGUCUAAAUACCUUGCAACAAUUGGAAUUGACUAUGGAGUCACAAAGGUACAGGUCAGAGACCGAGAAAUCAAAGUCAACAUCUUUGAUAUGGCUGGACACCCCUUCUUCUACGAGGUUCGCAACGAGUUUUACAAGGACACACAGGGUGUGAUACUGGUCUAUGAUGUUGGGCAGAAAGAUUCCUUUGAUGCCCUUGAUGCAUGGCUGGCAGAAAUGAAGCAGGAUCUUGGACCUCAUGGAAACAUGGAGAAUAUUGUAUUUGUAGUGUGUGCCAAUAAGAUCGACUGUACCAAGCACCGCUGUGUAGAUGAGAGCGAGGGCCGUCUCUGGGCCGAAAGUAAAGGUUUCCUGUACUUCGAAACUUCAGCACAGACUGGAGAAGGAAUCAAUGAGAUGUUCCAGACUUUCUAUUUAUCCAUAGUUGAUUUAUGUGAAAAUGGCGGGAAACGUCCUGUCACCAAUAGCAAUGCUAGUUUCACCAAAGAACAAGCAGACACCAUCCGCAGAAUUCGAAACAGUAAAGACAGUUGGGACAUGUUGGGAGUCAAACCUGGAGCCUCCAGGGAUGAAGUCAAUAAAGCGUAUCGGAAACUCGCUGUGCUUCUGCACCCUGACAAGUGUGUGGCCCCUGGCAGUGAAGAUGCCUUCAAAGCAGUUGUGAAUGCCCGGACAGCCCUUCUGAAAAGCAUCAAGUAGGAAAGAGAGAAAACAGUGUGGGCCACGAGAGCAAGCAGACUUUUAUAGAGGUGAACCAGCCAGCAUGGAUUUUCCCACCACCAAAUGGUUCUGUGCUUUUCACUCAUGUGCUGUCAUUGUGAGUCCAUAAUUCAGGCGGUUGUCAUUUCGUGGGCAUUGUACAGAAGAGGCCCAAGGGCCACUUACGUGUCACUCAUCUCUUAUUUCCAAGUAAUCUGAAUUUCUUUUCUCUUUCAUUUGUAAGCUGUUGCUGCGGCAUCCCUUAGGCCCUUGGCUCCUGAAAGUCCCUGGGGUUUCUGUAGGAGGGACGGAGGACUACAGGGCCCUUCACUUUUUUUUCUUUUAAUUUAUCAUCAGAAGAAACCACAAAAAUGGAAGCAGACAAUAUUAAAAGCUGAAAAUUUAGUGUGACCUCCCAAGCAAACUGCUCCCUUCACAGUGAGCGCCUCAGGUCCUGGAUCUACAAUUUACCAUCAAUCUACUAUUAAUGAAUGCUUGGCAGUCCUUUGGAAGCUUGUGGAAGGAUGCAAUACGUUUCUGAAUUGAACAGCCCUUUGUGACAUUCAGUCUGCUCCCCUUUUUUAACCACCAGGGGGAGAGACAAGCCAGUCCUAAACCAGCCAGGCGCAGCAGCCACAUGCUGGUAAUGCAGUGUUAGUGCUGCCCCUGGACUUGCAGGCUUCUCCACCCUGAGAAUGCAUGUAGGGAGCAGUAGAAGUUAGGAGUCAGACCCCAGGGCCACGCCAGACUGUAUACGCGUCCCUGGAUGGCAAGGCCUGAGGCACUGCCCACCUGGCUCCAGCGUGUUUGAUGCCUCGGAACAGUGCCGGUGUGAGACCAAGCCUUGCCUUUCCUUGCUUCUGCAUCAUUGGCUGCAGACGGGUGUAAGGCAGGAAUGUUACUCUGCCAGUCAGGCCUCCUUGCUUCCUCAUUAGUGUUAGUUCCCUCUUUCCUGCCUCUUCUCUUCCCCACUCGUUUUCUUACUCCACCACAUAUGCUGUCAUUUCUCUCUUCUUGAUCCCUGGCUUCUGGCCACUGUCUCCUCCUUACAAGACCUGACCCCUGGGCCUCACUGACUAGCCACAACUGUGGGUCCUUUGGAUGGUGCUAGAGCAGGAGAUCUUAAUGCUUUCUAUGUGGGAGGAAUCUCAAGAAUUCUUGCUUGGGCUCCAAAUUUCUGAGUAGUAAUAGUUUUAAACUAUAGAUUAUGAAAACUAACUUCACAAAGUGAAAUGUAUUCUCUUGCCAUAGUUAGUCCUCCUCAGUAUGCAAGGGAUGGAUAAGGAUCAAGUGUUAGGGCUGGCCUUUCUUCAGAUCAAGGAGCCAGUCUCACCCGCUCUUUAUGUCAUUCAUGUUUUUACCUGUGACCACGCUGUACUAUUUUGGGCUUUAAAGUAUAUAAAAUGUUACUAUCCUUGAAUUUUAAACAGUUACCCCAUAUUGACUGCCAAAUAGCAUCUCCCUUACUAUUUAAGAAGAAAACCCACUUUUGUUUAAUUGGGGCCCACUACAGUCUUCUAGACCCUUCCCUUCUCCAAAGCCCCUUCAUCUGGUGUGACUGCAUUCAGGCUUCUUUGAAGAAAAUUAUUUUCUAGUAAGAGUUUUCACCUUAGUGAUACUGAAAAUGCUUGUCUUAUGAAUUGAGAUGUGAGAUUUUCCUCUGGCCUUUUCAUUCGAACUAGUUGACAGUGUUGCUGAACUCCAACCCAAAGUUCCUCUGGGCCUAAAAUUUGUAUACAGCCGUCAUCACACCUAAAAUUAUCUGUUCUCCAACAGAAUUUGGGAGUCAUGAAUGUGGGCUCGUGCACGGCAGCAUCAGCCCAGUUGACGUGACCGCUCUGUGUGACGGCAGCGGCCAGUUUUCCCCACUGCUGUUAAAGACUAGAGGUCACCUUGUUCAGCUAUAUUGUGCAGAUGAGCAGGUAAAGCAGAGAGUUCUUUAGUGCUUCUGGUCCUAUCCUUGUCUAAUGAGUAAGUUGUUGAAAGUUAGCCUGAGCUGAAUUCUGGAAGUCCUGGGUUCAUUCCCCAAUGCCUUCAUUUUUAACAUUAAGGAUGGCCGUGUACUGCUUCAUUUAAGUAAAAGAAAAGAAAGCUUCAGAAUUUUCUAAUUUCCAUCAACCUUAAGUAGAAUAAAAAGAGGUAAUAAAGCAUGAUUUGCAAUGAAAAGUUUUUUGGAUAUAAACUUCAUAUAAAACUUUACAGGCCUUUGUGUAUUAAUUUAUGUUCUUGGUGUGACCAUGUAUUUUGUAGUUCACCAUACUAUAAUUCUUUAGUCAGUUAAAAUUUCAAAAAUACAUCAUUAAGGCUAAUAACUAGCAGAAUAAUUUCAUUAAGGCUAAAAAAAAUUUCUUAAUUUUGGUUUUCAAAAAAGAAUAAAAGUUUGAACAGCUAUUAUUAAAGAAAAGCCAUUUAUUCCCAUCUGAGUCACCCAGAAUUAACACCUUUGAAACUUGUUAGAAAUCCCCAGAGGCAUUUCAAAAUAAUCGACCAACCUACCUAAGCACUUUAAAAUAUACCCUGCUUUUGUUCCUCUGUCCCCCAUCCAGCCCUCCUCUUUCACCUCCUUUGAGUUGAUAUUCUCAACUGUCAACAUUUCUUUUAUUUCAGCAUUGCACUUUUUCAUUUUACAUAGAUGUGCCCUUGGUUUUGUUAGUUUAUAAACUUAAAAGUCCAGACUUGGGGGUGUUGUGUGACUGCCCAAGAUAAGCUGCGAUACUUCUGUAGAUUGUACGCUAUUCUUGAAGGCUGACGUUUACCUCAGGAAGCUCACUCUCGUGUAUUUUCAUGUACUGAAGUCUCAACUGUUAAGUAUUUCUUUCUGCUCAUAAACUGGUACCUAAUUCACUGUUAGUUAAAUGAGCCAUAGAGAGGCAGCUGCAUCUCUGGUGGGAACCAGAGUUAGUAACAGUCCCUGUAAGUGCUGAGUCUGUAUGGAAGUAGCUGCUCCUCACUGAAAAUGACAAAACCUAAGGGGAGAGGGAGGCAUUUCUGUCCUGUUUUAGGAAAGGUCGAGCUGACGUGGCCUUGGACAGUGACAGGGCUCUUCUUCAAAUUGGCUUCAGUGGGAGUCACCCUCUUCUCCACUGAACUCCAUCUAACUAGCUCUGAGUCGGCCAUUUGUGUCAAACUUUUGAAAAUGAAUUUAGCUGCAAAAUAUAGCUAACCUCCAUCCACUGCAAAUUUUGCAAAGUGAAGAAAAGUUCCUACUUCUCAUGGUUGGUGUUUAGUACAAGCAGUUGAUACUGUUUGUACAUUGAUUUUUUUUCCCCACUCAACAUUUCUAGAGAAGACAAUAGCUUAAGUCUGCGGUGUGGAGAAGUUAGGUUGGGUCUCACAAGCAGUGGGAUCGUAAACUGUGCAAUAGAGGCUUGUGGGAGAGCUAGAACCGACUGAGUGAACUUCUUGCAACAAUUAUUUGGGGUGUUCUUCCCCUUUGACUGUGAAUGCGGAAUCUCUAAAAGACCCUUUGCUCUAACGAGGUAAUUUACAUAUUUUCUUUUUGUUGAAAUAACUGAAAAUGUUAAAUCUAACAGUUGUUUAUGUCUUGUAUAGAGAGUGUCAUAUUAUUUAAGUUGUGUAUUUUUAUAAAUAAAGCCAAAUAUCAAACACUGCUCUGGGGGCUGCCCUUAUUUGUGGAGACGCUGGCCAUUAAUGCCAUUCCAGAAGCCAGUCCGGCCCCUUAUCCACGGAGACCAUAGACAGGAUAUCUGGUGUUAGUUCCCAGUUGGUAAAAUGGAGAAAAUUUUAUUCCUCA